AUGAACAGCACCCCAGCGAUGGCUCCUCUGUCUCCAGGGCCGAUUAUGUCCCCCUCGCUUAGUAAGGGCUCCUCUUAUCAGGCAAGAAAGGCUUCGAUUGCCUUGAACUCAUCCAACCCGUCCAUAAUGACCUCUUCGAAACUCUGGCAGAAAGCGUCCAUCUCCAGACUGGCGGAGGAGUUUUUCUGGAUUGGUGGCAGUGUGGUGGCACAGCCAACAUGGAGACUGGGUCAGAUGGUGGAGAGGUGUAUGUGCACUAUGCAGAUCGGCACUCAGAUGACCAAAAUGAAGGGGAAGAAGAAAGGACUUGUCCGAUUCUUUUACCUAGACGAACACAAGUCCUGCAUCCGGUGGAGGCCCUCCAGGAAACAUGACAAGGCUAAAAUAACUAUCGAUUCCAUCCAUGAAGUAUGUGAGGGGAAAAAGUCAGAGAUGUUCAGGCGGUACGCAGACAACCGUUUCGACCCAAACUAUUGCUUUAGUAUUUACUACGGGGAGCGAGUGAAGUCCCUGGACUUGGUCUCCAACAACGCAGAGGAGGCCCGCACCUGGAUCACCGGGCUCAAAUACCUCAUGGCUGGCAUCAGUGAUGAGGACAGUUUUACGAGGAGGCAACGCACCCGUGAUCAAUGGUUACAGCAGACUUUCUCUGAGGCCGACAAAAACGGAGAUGGCACCUUGAGCAUUGGAGAGGUUCACCAGCUGCUCCACAAACUCAAUGUGAAUUUACCCAAGGAGAAAGUCAGGCAGAUGUUUCAAGAAGCAGACACAGACGAGAACCAGGGCUCUCUGGGCUUUGAAGAAUUCUGUGCGUUUUACAAGAUGAUUUCCACUCGCAGAGACCUCUACCUGAUAAUGAUCUCCUACAGCAAUCAGAAAGAAGUCCUGGAUCUUCACGACCUAGCACGCUUUCUGGAAAACGAACAGAAGAUGCGAGGUUUGCCCAAAGAGUAUCUAGUUGACAUAGUAACCCAAUUUGAGCCAUGUCCUGAGAACCUGCAGCGAACAGUGCUGGGUAUUGAUGGUUUUACUAACUUCAUGAGGAGUCCGGCAGGUGAUAUCUUCAACCCUGAGCACAAUCAGGUGAACCAGGACAUGACGCAGCCGCUGACCAACUACUUCAUUGCCACUUCACACAACACGUACCUGACAGGAGACCAGCUGCUCUCUCAGUCUCGAGUGGAAAUGUACGCCUAUGUUCUGCAGGCAGGCUGUCGCUGUGUGGAGGUGGACUGCUGGGACGGGCCUGACGGGGAGCCCAUUAUUCAUCACGGCUACACUUUGACAUCCAAGAUUCCAUUUAAAGAAGUCAUUGAGACAAUUAACAAAUAUGCCUUCACAAAAUCACCGUACCCAGUGAUCUUGUCCAUAGAGAACCACUGCACUGUGCCUCAGCAAAAAAAGAUGGCUGAGUAUCUGAAGGAGGUGCUGCAGGACAAACUGGAUCUGUCCGGUGUCAACGUUCAUGAAUCCAAGAGGCUGCCUUCCCCUGAGAUUCUUAAAGGGAAGGUUUUGGUCAAGGGUAAAAAGCUACCAGCAAACCUAGAUCCUAGUGCAGAGGAGGGUGAUGUGUCGGAUGAAGACACUGGUGAUGAGGAAGAGGAGGAGGAAGAAGAUGACGAUGAUGAUGAUAAUUCACAGAGGAAAAAAAGGUUACGAGUGAAAAACAAGACAAUACCUGGUGGCGAGUCAGACCACAGCAAGGAGAAGGCACAAAUAGUUUACCAUCCCAAGAAGAGGAAAACAAUGAGGUUGUCCCGACAUCUGUCGGACCUGGUCAAGUACACAAAAUCGGUCCAUGUGCAUGACAUAGAAACACAAGCAUUUGAAAACAGUUGGCAGGUAUCAUCCCUCAACGAGACUGUUAUGAACCAGAUCUUACAGCUGAAAGCAGCCGAGUUGGUCCGCUUCAACCAACGCCAACUUAUAAGAGUCUACCCGUCCAACUACAGAGUGGACUCAAGCAACUUCAACCCACAACUGUACUGGAACGCAGGAUGCCAUAUGGUUGCACUGAAUUAUCAAACAGAGGGCCGGAUGCUUGAUCUGAACCGAGCCAAGUUCUCAAGCAAUGGGAACUGUGGAUAUAUUCUAAGGCCAAAGGUCAUGUGUAAAGGUGCCUUUAACCCCAUGUUAGAAAGUCCCCUACAAGGAACCAGAAAGAUUCAGUUAGUGCUGAAGAUCAUCAGCGGACAGCAGAUUCCUAAACCCAAAGACUCAAUGUUUGGGGACAGAGGAGAGAUUAUUGAUCCCUAUGUUGAGGUUGAGAUAGUUGGUAUAAAUGUGGAUUGUUCCAAGCAGCAGACCAAGGUGGUGGAUGAUAAUGGUUUCAAUCCAAUGUGGGAGGAGACCCUUGUCUAUAACGUCAAAAUGCCGCAGAUCGCUCUGGUGCGUUUCCAUGUGUGGGAUCAUAAUCCUCUUGGACGAGAAUUCAUCGGACAGAGAACUGUUGCUCUCAGAAGCUUGAUGCCAGGUUAUCGGCAUGUGUACCUGGAGGGGAUGGCGGAGUCAUCCAUCUUUGUUCAUGUCGCUGUCAAUGACAUGUCAUUAAAGAUGAAACCUGGAAAUGCGGUGCAUGCGGCCAGAAAACACAUCCAAAAAGCAGCUCAGAAGCAUAUGAAGGGUCCUCAAAAGCAGCCUUCUCUAGACUCCUCUGUCCAGUCCUCAGAAGACGGACGUGGUCUGUUCUUCCGCAAGGAUCUGGAUACCAUUUCCCAGGACAGCAGGAAUGGAGAAAUAUUUCCUCUGUUACAAGGCCCAACAGCCAAGACUGCAAUCCUAAAAGGGGCCAUGAGUGAGCCAUUGAGGCGGGCGCACCGAGUUAAAAUUCAUGAAACAUCGGGGACAAGGAGGGGAAUCUUCAGCCGGGUGUCCUCCAUUGACUCCUACCACACGGGGGCUGCUCCCUGUGCAAAAGAGGACAGCUUUGACCUUGAGACCUCACCCCAGGCUUCCUGCGAGGUUCCUGACAGCCAAAACUCAAUUCAAGAAGAGUGGGAGAAUGAACUUGCUGAACCGCCAGAGUCACACUGUGCUAAGCAGGAGACAGUUCAGAGGCUUGAGCCAAAGCAUCCUGAACAGUUUGAGGAAUUACCAACAGGACCAGACCCAGACAAGUUCAUUGCUAUUAAACCUGAGCAACCAACAGACACUCAAAGUCAGCCUGAUACACUCUCUCUGCCUCGGCCUCAGCCUCUGCCUAGACACAAGCGACAGCAUCUGCUUCAGCCCGAAGAAAAAUUCUUUGCUCCACUGUCCCCUGCCAGGAUGAGACGGACUUUAGAGGCUCCAGCCACACCUGGACAGUUUACACCAAUACGAACAAAGGCCCGCUCACGCAGUUGCCCUCGAAAAUCAACUGCAUCUCCUCAGACACCUAUGGUAACCCGCAGGCCUGCUGUCCCCUGGCAGACCCAAGGAGCACACAACUACAGCAGCUACAGCAACCAGGUGAGACCAAUCCCCAACGGCCUCCUCCUGUCUGACAGCACAUCCAGCGGCAGCGGCGGCAGCACAGACAGCCUGGAGUUUCUUCCGUCCUGUGUGCCAGCUGGGGCAGAGUCACGUGAAGGCACCCUGCAGAGGGAGAUGAAGGCCCUUUUUGACCAGAAGAUGAGGGAGAUUGGCUGUAAAUCCCCAAUAUUUCUAAAUGAACAAGCUGAGAUUUGA